AUGGCGAUGAUGAUGACUGGCCGUGUGCUGCUGGUGUGUGCCCUCUGCGUGCUGUGGUGCGGUGCCUGUGGGGUUUAUGCGAGGAACCGCGAGAACAAGGCACUGGAUGGCUGUACGGCGUCGGGAGAGUUUGGAAAGAAAAAAUUGUAUUUGUCGAGCGGAUGUAACAAAACCGCGCUCACGCUUUCGUUGCGUUCUGUGUUGCCCAUCGUCGCCGCUGAAGUUUCAGUUGACGAAAAUGAUUAUGAUCAAACCGUCAUUGGCCCGGCUUUAGUUUCAUCUGAGGAGCCUUCAAUUUUACCUCCAGCAGCUCUAUCUGAUGUGUCUGUUGCUCCUGGCGUUGGUGGCGUUGGUGGCGUUGGUGGCGGCGGAGAAAGUGGAGCCUCUAAUUUGGGGUCUCCCGGCUCAGGUGGUGGCAGUCAACUUGGAGGUGUUUCUUCAAAGGCUACUCCUUCUGGUGUUCUACCUACGCCUCUUCCUCACACUCCCCAAACCGGUGAAGGUUUACAGCCCUCCGGAGUCAAGCCCUCCACUCCGAGCAGGGACCCUCAAACAACAAUUACGCAGUCAGGAGAAAUCAAAACGCCUUCAAGCACCACACCGCCCAAAGUGGAGGCGUUGGUGGAGGGGCCCAAACCCGAGGCAGAACGCCAAGUUGCUAAUACGCACGAAGAAGCCAACAGUCAAGUUACCGGUGUGAAUGCCAAUGAAAACAGUACAGAUAAGCGUGCCACGAGGGAGGAAACACCUCCCAUCGUUUUGCCCAUUGACAGCACUCCACCUGUAAAAUUAACAACGCCACCACCACUACCAACGCCGGAAGUAUCACAGCCAAAAGCAUCACCACCAGUGACAGUUUCAGAAACAGGAGAAAGUUCAACAACACGAGAUCUCUCACAGGAACCAAAAACCCAAACAAACGAAAACUCACCGUCACAAAACAAAACGGAACCCGAAGCACUGAAAGAACUUUCAGGGGAUGCUGAGACAGAGCAACAAGAUCAGGACAAGGAUGCAUCAAAUAUGGUGAAAGCUGCCGUUAUCGGCAGACAUGCGGAAACAACCUCAUCAUCCAUCUCUACAAAUGACAGCGACGAUGCCCAGAGUACGGGGGAUGAGAAUAAUGACAAAGCUGAACGGCCUAGCCCCAAAGAAACAAGCAACCACACAGCUCAUAAUACCAACGAUGCCCCCACAUCCACUGAGGCGGCACCACCAACAGCGAAAACAGCUACCAUCAUUCAAACAAAUGAUACGGCUACAAAAGGCGACAGUGACGGCAGCACUGCGGUCUCCCACACCACCUCCCCUCUUUUGCUUCUUGUUGUUGUUGCGUGUGCGGCUGCUGUGGUGGUGGCUGCGUGA